UUCAGUAAAGCGAGUCAAUUUUGAGACAGCCUCUAGGCUGGAAGCAAUUAUGGUCUCCCGACUGUUAGACUGUAGAGGGCGCUGACUUUUUCGGUCAGCACAGUUUGAUCAUUGAACGGAUGAGAGAGAGAGAGCGAGCGAGAAUUGAAGGGAUAACCCGGGCUCCGGCCGGUAGAGCCAAAGUGCAUCGCUUGGAAAUGGCCGGUGAGGUCUGCUGGUUGCGUGGCUGGAAAGUCCCCACUCUCAUUCUUGGAUUUUGCGCGAUGCUGAGCCGGGCUGAGCAGGACAACUUUAACGCAGAGUCCUGGCUUCAGGCAUAUGGAUACAUCCCUCAAGGUGGCUUACGAAUGUCCACAAUGAGAUCAGCGCAGACUCUGUCCAAUGCCAUCGCUAAAAUGCAGAGAUUCUAUGGAAUUGAAGUAACUGGGGAACUUGAUGAAAACACAAAAAUGUGGAUGAAGAAACCCCGUUGUGGAGUUCCUGACAACUUUGGUACAGAAAUCAAGACAAAUUUGCGUCGUAAGCGGUAUGCCCUCACAGGACAAAAGUGGAAUUCUGAACGUAUCACAUACAGCCUCAAUAACUAUACACCCAAACUGGGAGAACGUGGGUCACACCAGGCUAUCCGUCAGGCUUUUGAUGUUUGGCAGAAAGCUACACCAUUAAUCUUUGAAGAGAUUCCUUAUUACAAUAUUCGAUACGGUCACAGGAAGAACGCAGACAUCGUGGUCUUCUUUGCCUCAGGUUUCCAUGGUGACAGUUCCCCAUUUGAUGGGGAGGGUGGUUUCUUGGCUCAUGCCUAUUUCCCUGGCAUUGGAAUAGGUGGUGAUACACAUUUUGAUUCAGAUGAGCCAUGGACACUGGGAAACAUUGACCUUCAAGGGAAUGACCUGUUCCUUGUGGCAGUCCACGAGUUAGGCCAUGCUUUAGGCCUCGAACAUUCCAGCAAUCCAAAUGCCAUAAUGGCCCCUUUUUACCAGUGGAUGGAUACAGAGAAGUUUGAGCUCCCAGAAGAUGACUUAAGAGGAAUCCAGCAGAUAUAUGGACCGCCGGAUAGCAAACCGAAACCCACAAAUUCACUGCCAACCCUGACACCACGAAGACCAAAAAAACCUGAACGUGUGCCUCCCAAAACACCUGACAGAAAACCAGCACCUAGAGACCCUGAUCCAGACAAUCCUGACUCUACAGAUGGAACCACACAAUAUGGUCCAAAUAUAUGUGAUGGCAACUUUGAUAGCAUGGCAAUGUUGCGGGGAGAAAUGUUUGUGUUUAAGGGACUUUGGUUUUGGAGAGUUCGAAAUAACCGAGUAUUGGACAACUACCCAAUGCCUAUUAACCAUUUCUGGAGAGGAUUACCACCCAACAUUGAUGCAGCAUAUGAACGGCAUGAUGGAAAAUUUGUGUUUUUUAAAGGUGACAAAUUCUGGCUGUUCCAUGAAGCAAUGCUGGAGCCAGGUUACCCCCGUCAUCUGAUGGAGCUUGGUGCUGGAAUGCCUCGUGAUGGGAUUGAUGCAGCCAUUUGGUGGGAAAUUACUGGUCAGACUUAUUUCUUCAAAGGAGACAGCUACUGGCGUUUCAGUGAGGAAAGGAGAGCAGUGGAUAGUGGCUAUCCAAAGUCAAUAAGUAUUUGGAAAGGAAUUCCAUCAUCACCAAAGGGAGCCUUCCUCACGGAUGAUGGAGCUUACACACAUUUUUACAAAGGUACCAAAUACUGGAAAUUUAACAACCAUCUGCUGAGAACAGAGCCUGGUUAUCCCAAAUCCAUCCUCCGUGACUGGAUGGGAUGUCGUGUGGAUGUUGAACCUGAUUUUACUGAGAAGGAACCGAAUUUGGAUAUUGACAAUGUUGAUGAUGAUAAUGAUAUCGAUGAUGAUGAUGAAGAAGAUGGGACAAAGGAAGAUAAGGAAAAAGAGAGGGAAGAAGAGGUGGACAUUCACAUUAAUAUCCCUGUGGAUGACUAUACCAGAGCCAUGAAUAUAGUGAUUGUCAUAGUUCCACUUAUUCUGCUGCUCUGUAUUCUGGGAUUGAUCUAUGCCAUCCUCCAACUGCAGAAGAAGGGAACACCAAGACUCCUGCUGUACUGUAAACGUUCAAUGCAGGAAUGGGUUUGACAUUCAUGCUGGUGUUUUUUUGCUAAGUGGCUCACAACUUUGGGCCACAGAUAUUGAGUACAGUUGACACUGCUUCUCAAUUUUAUUUGUUUUGCUUUAAACGGUCCUGCUCAAAGAUGUUAAAUGAAGCAUUGGCCGUAAGAAACGUAUGGAAUUUGGGGUAUUUUGACAUGGUUCCAAUGAAAUCGGGCUGAAAGAAUUUGUGAUGUGGUCCUAAGGUUUCAUAUCUCUUUGCCUCCCUCCCCUUAACUAUGCUAAGUGGGAUGGUACAAAGUGAAGCCUGACCUGAGGAAUGACUCCUUUUAGUGCUUCUGAAAGAGUUUCAUUGGCUAUAAAUGAUGAACUGCACCAUACAAAACACUUGAAAUUAUUGAUAUUGUUUGAACACAUUAUUCAUUGUGGUUAAUUCAUGAAUAAUUUCUAACUGCUACACUUACUUUAAUACACUAAAAGAUUUCCACUCCCAAGUUGAAGAUUUUCUGAAUAUUGACGAGGAUUAGCCUGUAAUGAAGGCAGAGCAACUGGUGAUGGUUACAAGUUGUGGAAGAAUUGGAGCAGCCACAAAAGACUAUGGUGUUUUUUGUACCUUAGAAUUAUUGCAUUUAGAGCAAUUACCCCCAGAAAAUUUUAAUAAUUUCUCUAUAUAUAAUUGGGAGAAAGCUGCUAUUCCACAGUAUCACUGAGAGAUAAUUACCAUAACUUACUAUAAAUGUUGGAAGAUUUUCAUUGGCUCUCCUAUAAUUCUAAGAGUUAGAUGAUUCUGUGAGAUGUCCUUAUCAGUAUUAUGAUUUUGUUGGGAUUAGACCUAUUGAAAGGAAAUCAUUCCACUUUACUAGAUUUUAGUAGAGGACCAAAGAAAUUUGUUCAUUGACUAUUGAUUUUUUGCUCAAAGCUUUGCACAUGUGCCUUUCCUAUAGAUUUGGUUAUUGAUCCUGUAAACCAUCACCAUAGUUUAACAGGAGCCCUGACUUAACCCCUCAGACUGAAAGCUGAGAUUCUUUGACUGUAGCCCAAUUCCACGCUGCAAGGAGGAGGCAGAUCCCAUUAACUGUAGAUUUGUCUCUCAAGCCUUCUGACUGCCAGGCUCUUUAAUCAAAGGAGAGCAAGGGUUUUAAUUGUUAAGAGGCAAUUGCUUAAAAGGCGAUUGCCUUUGUGGAUAGUUUGGUCCUCAGAAGAAUAUCAUAUGUAUAAAUUGUCAAAGUGCCCUUGUCAGUAAUGUGACUCUGUAAACAUCAUAGGCCUGUGUCUAUAUUGGACACAGUAGUCUGCCUGACUGGUGAUAAUUAUUUACUAGAGUGUUUUUUAAUGGGGAGGUAUUCUGCAAUCUGAUGGUUUUAACCUUGAAUGGGCAUUGGAAAUAUUAAAAAAAAGGAUGUAUCAAGAAUAUGGUUGUCACUUUCUGCUAUUAAGAACUUAAUUUUGGCAGAAUUUGCAAUUGCAGUCUCUUUUAACAUGCUUCCAGGACUUCAUCAAAUCUCAAUGAAAUGCAGUAAAAAACAAUUUUUUUUACCUUGUAGUUUUUUAUGGAAUUCCUAUAGUGUGUAGCCUCGUUAUCAUUUGCACACAAUCCUCUCAGUGAUACAAUGCAGAACCAUAGGGUUCAGGUUCCACUAACAAUAUUGAACUGUACAUCUUCACCUCCAACAAAAACUGGGACACUUUUUAACAGCUAAUUGAACAGCAAAACCUGGAAGAGCCAUAACUUAUCACUUUUUUUUUCAGCAAAACUGAAAUCUUCCUCUUGAGCAGCUCCCGGCAGCUACAUACCAUCAUUAGCCUCUCUGGGUAAACUUCAGGUUAAGUUAGGCUAUACAUAUAUAUAGACCUAUAGUAUUUUCUUCAACCUCCAAUUGAACAAGUUCUUCCACUUUAUACCAUUGCUAAGAUUUUCUUUGCAUCUGCAACAUUGCCUAUCUCUUCUGACCUUCCCAAAAAUCCAAAGCAUAAUUUUAUGGAGCCUAUUUCCUUCCAUCUUCUACAAAUCAGAAUCAGGAUUAUUAUCACUGACAUAUGUCGUGAAUAACUCAUUCAGAACAGGACUUGCAUUCUCAGUCGUACAGGAAUUCUGAAUUCCCAUUACUAUAGCACAACCUUUUUCAAGCUCCAUUUGGAUUGGCAGCUCCAAGAAAACAGACUUAACAAUUUUAAUACUUGGUUCAUCCCACAUUUCCUCCUAUCAUUAUCCCAGAGUAUGCUAUCUACUUCCCUGACAUUGCGCUUACAACUGCUAUGCUGAUUCCCAACUUUCCUACCACUUUGUUUUCCAUGUGCUCUUUAAACUUCUCUCAUUGGCCAUGUAAGUACCCCACAAUGGUUGUUUAUCCUUAUUCAUCAUUUUUGUUCCCAUUGUAAAUCCCUUUGGGACACCUUCCUGCUUAUGAGUAGUGUAAAGGAAAUUGAUAAUAAACAUGCAUUUAAAUUUUCAGAAAACUUUUGACAAAAUACAACACAAAAGUUUGGUACAAAACUAAUGAAAAUUGAGUGUAAAACCUCAAAACGGUCAAGAAUUUGGUUGAUGUUCCCGUUGGGUAAAGGCCACAUAUGAUCAAUAUUAGAAUCUCUUCAUCUUCUAGGACAUCAGAGCAUCUUGGUUCAAAAUGUAAAUAUUAAUUAGUCAAAUUGGUUAAUGCAGUCAAAUCAGUGAGGCACCUAGGAAGCAAUUGAAGAGCUUGAUAAAAUCUGCAAUAAAAACAAAAUGCCAGAAAUACUUUGCAAGUAAGUCAGCAUCUAAAGAGGGGAGAAAAUUUCAGGUUGCUGAUCUUUCAUCAGACCUAUCAGGUAAAAUCCAUUCUUGGCCACGACAGUCAUUGGUGAAACUGUGUGCAGAUUUUAUGAACAAUUGCAAUUGUGUGAUACACUGUGAAUGGUGUUGACAUACCCAAACUGCAGUUGGAAAGAGAAAGAGGAUUGUUUGUAGACUCAGCACACAAUGGGUCCAGUCACUGGAAAAUAAAUGCUGAGCUUUAUAACCAAUUAUUAGAUUAAAUUAGAAAAUAAAAGUAAUGUUGAAACUUUGUUGAUCAAGAGACAUUGAGACUUCACAGGUGGUGCUCAGAAGAACCAUCCCUAACACCAGAAAUUGUUACAACAAAAUGUGGAGACAGUGGAAUGAAUGGUCUCCUUCUAUGAUUCUUUGAUGAACCUUGAAUCUUUCACCUUGAUAGAAGAUGACUGAGAGGUGAGCUACAAAAUGAAAAGUCCCAUGAAAAGUUAAAUUUUGAAACCUAACUUUGUUAAACCCAAAUAGAAAAAGGUUCCAUCUGGUAAAAUAUAUAUUUAGGUCUGAUGUUCCUAAGUUUUCCUUCAGAGUAAUUAUCUUUGGAUUGGAUACAAGGCAGGCAAAAUUUUGGAAUCGUUAACAGACUGUUUAAAGCUGAGAAUAUGGCUUGUUUUUUUCUCUAGAUGGAUGAGCCUAGAUCCAGCAAGUAGCCUUCCUCAACCAUAAAGUCUUUGUAAACUUAUAAAAGUUCACAGAUCCCAAUUCUGAAGCAGCCAGUCAAAUAUUGCAACAACCCCCAGUGGGGGGUAGAGAAAUAAAAAGUUUAGUUUCUUCUGGAUGAAGAUCAGAUAAUCCCAGGAUUACUGUUGCCAGAGUUACAUCAAUGAAGAUAAAAAGGUAAUUUUAAGAUCAACUAAUGGCCUUUUCAUAUUCAGUUAAUAUUUUAGAAUUACCCAAGUUGUCCACUCAAGUAUUGGAUAGUCUGAUCCAAAGCAGAAAGAGUGGUAUUCUGAUUGGGAUUCUGCACCAGUCACUCAGAGGGGACACUGAUUCCAUAUCACACACUCCAUGUGCCUUUAUAUUGAGCAUUUAUCAAAACUGGGAGCCUAUCACACCCUUUCUAGUAGGGCUCUUCAUUCUAAGCUAACCAUUGCAGGGUGUAGAAGCUGCCCAAAAUUCCAAAUUUGCAUUUAUAUGGUGGUCAGUUAAUUUUUUUUUGUCUCUUUGUCACACAUUGCUGUCAUCAGUCCAUGAUGAUGUGGUGAUUUAAAGGUACCUUUUGAAUUUGGUGCUAAUUUGGACUGAGAGGGUGGUAUUCAACAGUGACCUCACCAGUUUAUUAUAACAUGAUCUGGACAAGUUGUAUUUGUACAUAUUUUUCAGGCAGGAGAUCACAUAUGCUGGAUUUGUGUGGUGAAUCUUUACAAAAUAAAGUCAAAUAACUAAAUCUGAUAGCAACACUGCUGAACUGUUUUACUGUCUGAAACUGGUUCCCAUUACCUCUUGUCCAAAUCACCCACUGCAUUACUGGUCACCAAACAUUGCUAAGGUGCUUUAAUCAAUGUCACUCAAUGUACCUAGAAGUCAUGCAAUUUAGAAACAAAUGUUAGAAGUAUGUUUUUAUUUUUAAAAUAAAUUUGUCGUGUAUUUAGAUUUUCUGAUGUUCUUUUUUAAAUUGGUUCAUGCUGGGCGUGUG